UCUAUUCCCUCAUUAUUUUACACACCACUAUAAGAUUAUCACUCAGCCUCCUGCACUGCAAGGAAUAAAGUCUGAACUUGCCCAACAUCUCUAGCUCAGGCUCUCAAAUCCAGGCAACAUGCACAUGAAUCUUCACUGCAUGCUUUCCAGCUCAUGGCAUCUUUCCUAUAGCGGAGUGACCAAAACUGAGCAUAAUACUCCAAGUGCAGCCUCACCAAUGUCUACAAUACAAUUGUAACACAACAUCCCUAUUUCUAAGCCCAAGUCCCUGAAGACCAAUGUGCCAAAAGCCUUCUUCACCAUCGUGUCUACUUUCAGGCAACUGUGUACUUGUACUCCUCAAUUUCUCUGCUCUACAACACUCAUCACUGACCUUCCAUUCACUGUGAAGGUCCUACCCUGGUUUGACUUCCCAAAUGCAAGUGUGACCUCACACUUAUCUGAAUUAAACCAUUGGCCAUUCCUUGAUCUACUUGCCCAACUGAUCAAGAUCCUGCUCUAAUUCUUGAACACGAUUAUGACUGUCUACAAUGCCAUCUAUUUUAGUGUCAUCUUCAAUUUUACCUUGACUUGCACAUUCUCAUCCAAAUUGUUUGUUACAAAUGACAAACAGUAAUGGACUCAGCACUAAUCCCUGAGUCAUACCACGUAUCACAGGUCUCUUGUCUAAAAACCAAUUGUCUACCACCAUUCUCUGCUUCCUAUCAUGAAGCCAAUUCUAUUUAGCUAGCUUUGCCUGGACCUCUUGCAAAUUAACCUUCCAGAGCAGCAAACCACAGAAAACAUAAUCAAAGGCCUUGUUAAAGUCCAUAUAGAUAACUAAAGAUAGACACAAAAAGCUGGAGUAACUCAGCGGGAUAGGCAGCAUCUUUGGAGAGCAGGAAUGGAUGAUGUUUUGGGUCGAGACCCUUCUUCAGACUGGUUAGGGAUAAGGUAAACAAGAGAUAUAGACGAUGUGGAGAGAUAAAGAACAAUGAAUGAAAGAUAUACAAAAAAGUAACGAUGAUAAAGGAAACAGGCCAUUGUAAGCUGUUUGUAGGGUGAAAAUGAGAAGCUCGUGCAACUUGGGUGGGAGAGGGAUAGAGAGAGAGGGAAUGCUGGGCCCACCUGAAGGGAGAGAAAUCAAUAUUCAUACCACUGGGCUGUAAGCUGCCCAAGCGAAAUAUGAGAUGCUGUUCCUCCAAUUGCGUUUAACCUCAUUCUGACAAUGGAGGAGACCGAGGACAGAAAGGUCUGUGUAGGAAUGGGAAGGAGAAUAACGUUUAUGGCCUAUUUUUGUCAAUCUUCUUGGUUACUUCAUUAAAAAAACUCAUUCAAUUUUGUGAGACAUGAUUCCCAUGUUCAAACAAUGCUGACUAUCCUCAAACAACCCCUGCUUUUCCAAAUGCAUGUUUAUCUCAUUCCUCAAAAUGCUCUGCAGUAACUUUAGUACCACUGAUAUUAGGCUUAUUGGUCUAUUAGUUCCCUACAUUUUAGAUGGGGUGUUAUUUCCUGGUGCUAAAUUAGUACAACUUAUAAUCAAAAUGAAAUGAUCUCACAAGACUUUGCGUUGGAGGUGGCAAAAUGUAUGGUUAUUUAAGGAUCAAAGAGGAAAGACAAAAUAAAGGUUGUGACGUGCAAUAAUCUUCAAACAGAGAAGGAUAUUUGGGGUUUAUGGUGGAAUUAUGUAUAUGCCCAUACAGAAUGUGUUGUAAAAGGGAGUGGUUUUUAGAUGAGAAAGUGUGUGAGGGUAUCUAAAGUUCAAGAAAGGGUAAGGGAGGAUUUGGUGACAUAUUCACUUCACAAGCUGUUUUCCCCGUUUUUAGCUGUAGAUGAAUUUUGGGUGUGAAGGAGUUGCUGCUUGCUUCUAGUGCCGACCCUUUGCAGAUGGCGUGAUUGUGGCAUCCAUCUUAGUGACAUGAAGGGCCAGGUGCGGCCAUUCUUGGACCUCGUGGAUGUGUACUGAGAUUGUCUAGAUAGCUGGCCCUAAGGUGAUAGGUAGACAUGGAUAAGGUUAUUUGAAAACAUCAAAUAAUCUGGAGUAAAUUGACAAUAAAGCCACCUGUUGUUUGGGUAAAUGGCGAUAGUGUGCCCUGCUGUUGUCAAGCAAUUGGAGAAUGUCUUUAAAGAUUUACACCGCUGGUGCAUGAACAUUUCCAAAGAAUUCUAUAUGAAAGAGUAUCUUAUAGUUUCUGCAAUCAGCUUUCAAAAUGGUCAAUCAUGUUGAAUGUUUGUGAACUUCUGUGAAACACACACUCAAAAGCAUUAAUAAUGAAUCAUACUAAAUUAGCUAUAUCAAAAGAAAUUACAAAUAAAAAAAACUUAAAACCAAAUACAAUUAAUUCAAUAAAUUCACAAAGAGGUAAAUUAUCUGUAGAUACAAGCUUUUCCCUUUGAGAAUAGGGAAGAUUCAAACAAGAGGACAUGACUUCAGAAUUAAGGGACAUAGGUUUAGGGGUAACAUGAGGGGGAACUUCUUUACUCAGAGAGUGGUAGCGGUGUUGAAUGAGCUUCCAGUGGAAGUGGUGGAGGCAGGUUCGUUGGUAUCAUUUAAAAAUAAAUUGGAUAGGCAUAUGGAUGAGAAGGGAAUGGAGGGUUAUGGUAUGAGUGCAGGCAGGUGGGACUAAGGGAAAAUAAUUGUUCGGCACGGACUUGUACGGCCGAGAUGGCCUGUUUCCGUGCUGUAAUUGUUAUAUGGUUAUAUGGUUAUCUGAAACAAACUUAGUUUCCAUUAGAUUGAACAAAGUUAUUAAAGCUUUAUAGGAAUUUUAUAGAUCUUAUAGGAAUCUGAAGGGUAACUUUCUCACACAAAGGGUGAUGGGUGUAUGGAACAAACUGCCAGAGAAGGUAGUUGAGGCUAGGACUAUCCCAACGUUUAAAAAACAGUUAGACAGGUACAUGGGUAGGACAGGUUUGGAAGGAUAUGGGGCAAUCACAGUCAGGUGGGACUAGUGUAGCUGCGACAAGUUGGCCAGUGUGGGCAAGUUGGGCCGGGGGGGCUGUUUCCUUGCUGUAUCACUCUAUGACUCAAUAAACCUGAGUAGAUUCUGUGGGCAGAUUUCCCAGGGAAAUGGUGGGAUACUGAAUCUGCUGCUUUGUCGCUGGUGUCCAUGAAAAUUAUAGCAAAGAUCCUUUAGGAUGUUUAAAGUUUCAUGUUCAUACCAAAGUGGCAAACUCUGGUGGUUACCUGGGGAAAUGUUGGGCAUUGCAUAUGGAACUACUAACAUUUCUUACGAAAAUCUGGGCCAAGACUUAGAUCAACAUACUUCAGAAAACGUGAAUGUAAUGUAACAAUGCAAGAGUAAAAUGCCAUAUGACCCAGUAAGCUUGCUUUAUUAUUCAAUACGAUAUGGAUGGCUGUUUCCGCACCUCAACUCAAGUUUUCUGCCCUUUCCCAUGUUCCACCAUCAGUGAAAUGUGUAAUUUAGGUACAAUGUACAAAAAAAUAAAAUAAAACAGUGCUAUUUUGUAGUCUUUCAGGAUGUUUGUAUUUGCAAAUGGCUUUUUAUGAGGUGAGCUUUUCUCCAGAUGUUCACAGAUGCUGGAAAGGGCUCGGAAGAUUUACGAGGAUAUUGCCUGGACUUGAGGGCCUGAGCUACAGGGAGAGUUUGAGCAGGCUCAGACUCUAUCCUUUGGAGUGCAAGAGGAUGUGUGUCCUGGUUUCCCAUCAAGUGCAGUUGCAGAAUUAUAGAUCAUAUCACAGUUUAGGACCUUGACGAUUUUUUGAUACCACUUUAAUCCCUAAACCAACUAAAUCAUGAUAUUUUAAACACUUACCUUCACAAACGAUGCUGUGCUUCUUUUUCAGAUUGUUUAAAUACCACUGGAACUUCUCGUCCAAGUGAUCAAAAUGGAUUUGGAAAAUGAGACGUUCUCAAACUUUACUUUAGAAGAACUGGCGACGGGGAAAACGUCAAAGGUGAUGAUAUCACUUUCGCUCUCUGUCCUCACCACCUUGACCACAAUCAUUAAUUCCCUGGUGAUAACUGCAAUAAUCGUUACGAGGAAGCUCCACCACCCAGCAAAUUACCUAAUAUGUUCCCUCGCUGUUACCGAUUUACUCGUUGCCGUCCUUGUAAUGCCCUUCAGUAUCAUCUACACUGUAAAGGAGACAUGGGUUAUGGGUCAAGUUGUCUGCAACAUCUGGUUAAGUGUAGACAUUACCUGUUGUACAUGCUCUAUCCUUCAUCUGGCUGCAAUUGCCCUGGACAGAUAUAGGGCCAUAACAAAUGCUGUGGAAUAUGCACAGAAAAGGACACCUAAACGCGCUGGAAUAAUGAUCACCAUCGUGUGGGUCAUAUCCAUCUUUAUAUCACUGCCUCCUAUGUUUUGGAGGCAUCAAGGGAAUAACAAGAAUGACGAGUGUCUUAUUAAGCACGACCAUCUUCUCUACACAAUCUAUUCCACAUUUGGAGCAUUUUACAUCCCUUUGGCUUUGAUCCUCAUCCUGUACUACAAAAUAUAUCGGGCAGCCAAAACGCUCUACUACAAGCGGAGCCUGAGCAGGCGCAUCAACGAGGAUGUCAACGAUAGGAUGUCCAUCAUCGCUGCCAAACCUCCCAGGACCUCUUCCACCGUGUGCAUUUCUGAAAAGUCCACCUCGGACCCUUCGCCAACUGAAGAGGGGGAGAAUGUCCAUAACACGGCCAGGGGCUUCAACCCCAGUUGCCACCAGGACAAAACGCAGAAGAGGUUGAAGAUCUCAGGCACCAGAGAGAGAAAAGCUGCCACUACUUUAGGCUUGAUUCUGGGGGCCUUCGUGAUAUGCUGGCUGCCGUUCUUUUUAAAAGAGGUUAUUGUGAACGUCUGCGAAUCUUGCAGCGUCUCGCUGGAGAUUUCUGACUUCCUGACAUGGUUAGGUUACCUUAAUUCUUUAAUCAAUCCCCUUAUUUAUACAAUCUUCAAUGAAGACUUUAAGAGAGCAUUUCAGAAACUGGUGCGCUGCAGAUAAUUCCUGUAAAUACAAGGGCGGCAAUCACAAAGUAAUUAUCUUUGUAAUUAAAAUAGCUGGAUGUGCUGCAGAGGCUUUCAACUUUGAAAGGAAAAUAAGUAUUCCUAUUCUGGUGGCUUACAGAGGCUUUGGAUGGAGAACAAUGAACAAAGCAUUAUCAAAAAAUUCUGUCACAAAUACUUGAAACUCCUGGGUAUAAGAAAUAAAUUAAUUGGGUUUUCUUUCCUUUCAGUAACUAGCAGAAUGCAGAGGGAGGAUAGUGUUGGAGAGGACCUUUUUGUGUGUGUGCAUAAAAUGUGAUUGAAAAAGCAUUAUAUAACUUUCUCCUAUUGUCACCAUUCAUUUACAUUUUCUUUGCAGUUUGAGAUGGGUCCACAAAGAGUAAUUAAAAAAGAGAACUGGUAAUUAAGGGCAUAAGGAAGAUGUAAGUUUUAUUUUAUGGGGUGUAUAGGAAUAGAGUAGUAGCUGUGGAGUUGCUGCCUUAGAGUGCCAGACACCAGGGUGUGAUCCUGACUCCGGAUGCCGUCUGUAUGGAGAUUGUACGCUCUUCCCGUGACCUGCGUAGGUGUUCCCCAGAAGCUCCGGUUUCUUCCCACACUCCAAAAACGCACAGGUUUAUAGGUUAAUUGGCUUGGUAAAAUUGUAAAUUGUCCCUAGUGCGUGUAGGAUAUUGUUAGUGUGCGGGAACGCCGGUCGGCACGGAUGCGGUGGGCUGAAGGGCCGGCUUCCGUGCUGCAUCUCUAAACUAAACUAAACUAAAUAUGAAAGUAAGUGAGGGGAGAAGGACAAGACCACAAUAAAGCCACAGUGGAUGGUGCGAGCAUUUUGCUUCACAGUACUACUUUAAUGGCCAUCAAUGGGCACAGAAAUGUGCGGCUGGAAGAACAGAAGAAGAUAGCCUCAAAUGACAGAUUAGUUGAGAGACACUACACUCGCAGGAUACAACACACCAAAGUCACCCACUCAGACACAAAAGGUGACAAAUGCACAUUCAGCACCCCAAUCACAGGAACAGUGACAGUGGCGACCUUGCCUACUGAAGAUUGUGCAUGCAACUUUUGUGUCACAGAGCUUUUCCAGACUCUCAUAAAGGAACAUUGCAGAGACGGUCGCAGUGCUAUUCAUUGUCUCACUUUUCCAUUUCACACCCAAUUACAUACACCUAAAUGGUCACCAACCGCAACACCAGGCACACAGCCAAGGAGACAGAUGGGGGAGGAUAUGUCUGCCUGAUUCUUCUCCCAGUCCCAGUGCAUAGGCAGUUAGACAAUUUUUAUUGACUCUAUUUCCAAUUACAGAGUUUGCAGUUGCUUAUUUUUCCUCACGUAAAAACAUGCAUAUAAUUGGUCCAUGUUAACAAAGCUAUCUCAUUGGUAUUUGCAAAAUGAAAGGAUGACAGAUGACAUUAUAGCUAACUAAAGUAGUUGCAUUUAGCUUGCAAGUCAUAUGAUACUUCAAGAUGUGUGCAGGGCAAACAACUUGUUUAUGAGAAGUUAAUGAUUCCUAUAAUUUCCAGUUCUACAAAAUGGCUUUCUCAAUACCAUGUAGGUGAGUGGACUAAGGUGCCUGUGCACGCACACGGGUUAGUGAGCACCGUGGAACUGAAUGUGCACAAUAGUCUUCAAACUUUACUUGUGCUCUCCUAGACUUUAGAGAUAUAGCAUGGAAAUAGGCCCUUCGCCCCACCGAGUCCGUGCCGACCAGCGUUCCAUACACCAGCACUAUCCUACACACUAGGGGCAAUUUACAAUUUUACCGAAGCCAAUUAACCAAUAAACCUGUUCACCUUUGGAAGGAAACUGGAGCCUCUGGAGAAAGCCCACGCGGUCACAGGGAGAACGUACAAACUCUGUACAGCGAGCACCCAUAGUCAGGAUCGAACCUGGGCCUCUGGCGCUGGUAAAGCAGCAACUUUACCUCUGUGCCACCGUGCCACCCCCUUCUCAUGCCGUGAUUCUGGCUGGAGCCCAAUGGAACUAUCCCCACCUCCCAAUGAAUAGAGACUGAGAACCUUGCAAAUGGGUUUACUCAGGGCAUUUCCCAUCUUCCAUGUACCAUUUCCAUUGAGGCACAGCAGGUAACCCAGAGAAAGCCUGUUGAAUUUCAAUGGCGAAAAUACUUUUUCAGUAUUUACCUCUGAGCUAUCAGCAUCAGAUGAAGGGUCUUGACCCGAAACGUCACCCAUCCCUUCUCUCCAGAGUUGCUGUCUGUCCUGCUGAGUUACUCCAGCGUUUUGUAUCUUCCCUGUUGAAUUUCAGUGACAAUAAUUACUUUUUCAGUAUUUACUUCUAAAUAUCAUCAGAGGAUCGUAACUGUAACUGUUGUGGGUUCAGCUCUAGAAUAUCCGACCUAUCAUAGUAUGACCACGAUUGCAACCUUACCCCUUUUCCAAUGCAUUUGCGCUGUAGCUCAAAUACAGACUCUCCUGCUUUCUGCAGGGAUAUAAGGAUGACCAGCUGUGAGCUCUCUCUCAUCCCAUCUUCUAUGGAUAGUCCAAAUUAGAUGAAGUAAUCGAUAAACUGGUGAAGACUUUGUAAACCACCUUCCUCUGCGAAAGAUACCACCCAACAUGUGGAAAGGAUGUUUCCAAUAAUGGGAGAGUCUAGGAUCAGAGGGCACAGCCUCAGAAUGAAAGGACAUACCUUCAAAAUGGAGAUGAGGAGGAAUUUCCUUAGCUAGAGGGCGGUGAAUCAGUGGAAUUAAAUGCCACUGACGGCUGUAAAGGCUAAGAUAUUGGGUAUUUUUAAGGCAGUGAUUGAUAGGUUUUUGAUUACGAAGGGUGUCAAAGCUUACGGGAUAUGACGUGGAAACAGGCUCUUCGGCCCAACUUGCCCACACCGGCCAACAAGUCCCAGCUACACUAGUCCCACCUGCCCGUAUUUGGCCCAUAUCCCUCCAAACCUGUCCUAUCUAUGCACCUGCCUAAUUGUUUUUUAAACAUUGGGAUAGUCCCUGCCUCAACUACUUUCUAUGGCAGCUUGUUCUAUACCCCACCACCCUGUGUGUGGAAAAGUUACCCCUCAGAUUUAUAUUAAAUCUUUUCCCCUUCAGCAUAAACCUAUGUCCUCUGGUCCUCGAUUCACCUGCUCUGGGCAAGAGACGGUGCAUCUACCCGAUUUAUUCCUUUCACGAUUUUAUACACUUCCAUAAGAUCAUCCCUCAUCCUCCCGCGCUCCAAGGAAUAGAAUCCCAGCCUACUCAACCUCUCCCUAUUGCUCAGACCCUCUGGUCCUGGCAACAUCCUCGUAAAUCUUCAUGGAACCUUUCCAACUUGACGGCAUCUUUCUUGUAACAUGGUGGCCAGAACUGAACACAGGUUGAGA